GCUGUGGUAACGGAAGAUGGAGGAGAAUAGCAGAGAGCAUCUCAAUACUGACAAUGAAGCAGGCGGAGAGGAUGCUCUGGUGGGUAAUGUGAACAAACUGAUGGUCAGCCCUCCAGGAUUUACCGGACUGCCCAGGAAAGGACAUCUCAUCUUCGACGCCUGCUUUGAGAGUGGAAACUUAGGACGUGUUGACUACAUCAGUGAAUUUGAGUUUGAUCUCUUCAUCAGGCCGGACACGUGUAACCCACGGUUUAGGGUUUGGUUUAACUUCACUGUGGAAAAUGUUCGAGAGACUCAGAGGGUGAUUUUCAACAUUGUGAACUUCAGCAAAACCAAGAGCCUGUACAGAGAUGGGAUGUCCCCCGUGGUGAAGUCGACCAGCCGGCCUAAAUGGCAAAGACUGCCAGCCAAGAAUGUGUAUUACUACCGCUGCCCAGACCAUCGGAGAAACUAUGUGAUGUCUUUCGCCUUCUGUUUUGACCGUGAAGAUGACGUUUAUCAGUUUGCUUACUGCUACCCGUACACUUACUCCCGUCUUCAGCAUUACUUGGCCAGCCUGGAGCGCAGAAAUCUUGAUUACCUGCAGCGAGAGCAGCUGGGCCUCAGCGUGCAACAGCGACAGCUGGAUCUUCUGACCAUCACCAACCCAGCACAUCUGAACCAAGAGCGAGAAAAGCGGGUGGUGUUUCUCACAGCCCGUGUCCACCCUGGAGAGUCACCUGCUUCCUUCAUCUGUCAGGGUGUGAUUGAUUUUCUGGUCAGCCAGCAUCCCAUCGCGCAGGUCCUGCGUGAUCAUGUGAUCUUUAAGAUUGUACCCAUGCUCAACCCUGACGGUGUGUACCUGGGAAACUACAGGUGUUCUCUGAUGGGCUUCGAUCUGAAUCGUCAUUGGCAGGAUCCUUCCCCCUGGGCCCACCCCACUCUACAUGCCGUCAAACAACUCAUUGUCCAAAUGAACCAGGACCCAAAAGUGAGUUUGGAGUUCUACAUUGAUGUGCACGCUCACUCCACUAUGAUGAAUGGCUUCAUGUAUGGUAACAUCUUUGAGGAAGAGGAGAGAGUGCAGAGACAGGCCAUCUUUCCUCGGCUCCUGUGUCAAAAUGCGGCAGACUUCUCUCUUUCCAGUACAUCGUUUAAUCGUGAUGUGGUCAAGGCCGGCACGGGUCGCCGGUUUCUGGGUGGUCUGCUGGACGACACGUCUUACUGCUACACACUGGAGGUCUCCUUCUACAGCUACCUGACUGCAGGAAGUACCUCACCUGUGCCAUACACUGAGGACAGCUACAUGAAGCUGGGUAGAAAUGUGGCCCGGACGUUCCUGGAUUACUACAAACUCAACAACCUGAUAGAUGAGAGCAAGUUAAAAGGACACAUUAACAGCACUUUUGAAGGAACGUCCAGCAGGCAUCAAGGGAAUAAUACUGGAAAUGGGAAGAAUCAAGUGAAAGGUGACAGAAAAUUCCAUGGAGUCAGGGAUUACUAAACACACAGGGACAUGCAUAAGGUGUGCAUCACAGCCUAGAAUGUUCUAGCAGACAUUGUGAACUACAAUACUGUCAAUCCAACAGAUAUUUGUUGAUGAGUUUUUACGUAAUGAUAGGACUCGAUGACUGUGGAUAAGUUCUCAGUAUUAAUUCUCACUUGUGAGAUACUGCACAGAAAACACAUCAACUGUAAAUUAUCCCUCCAGCUACAUUUAUUGUUUUUUCAGUGCUUUGGUGAAUACCAACUACUUUCUUUGCCUUGCUUUCUGGAUUUGCCUAUUAUGAGAACAGGAAUUGUAUUUCAAUCAGCUGUACUCAUUCUUAUAAAGUGAUUGCUUGUAUUAUAUUUUAUGAAUGCUUUUAAUUGUCAUGAUAGUCAGUUUAGUUGUUUGUUCAAAUCUGAAUGCUUGAAAAUUGCUUAAAUCUAAAGCAAA